AUGAAGAUCGCUGAGAACGCAAUACUGCUCGUACUCGCCAGUUUAUCAAUAGUACUGGGAUUGAAAACUACCAAAUUUCUGGAGGAACCUUGUGGUAUUAUUCCUAUUCGAAGGUAUAGAAUAUUUGGAGGUCAUAAUGAGCCCAAAGGAACCAAUCCUUGGAUGACAAUGGCCUUCCUCGGCAUCAUUAAGUUCGAAAUGAAAUCGCUGCUAGCUUGUAUUAUUCUCGGAAUCCACGGAUCGAUGGCACAAAGUUUGUUAGAUCCGGACUGUGUGAAAACCCCAAUUGGCAUUAAUAUUCAAAUAAUUGGAGGACAAGAUGCUGACAUAUUACAUCACCCCUGGAUGGUGCAGAUACUUAUGAGGGGCUAUCACUUUUGUGGAGGAUCGCUGAUAACCUCACGAUUUGUUUUAACAGCAGCGCAUUGCCAGAGCCACAAUCCUUCGUAAGGAAAGAGAACUUUAAAAUAUCCCCAUUCAGCUGAAAUAAGACCUAUUUGUGUGUUGACUUCCAACGAGAACAUACAUCGGCGCGUAAGCUAUGUGACCAUGUUUAAUGUCACUGGCUGGGGAGAAACAGAGACAGGAUUCGGCAGCCUGAGACUUCAGUCAACCAGCUUAUAUCAUCUCGAUCGGAGACACUGCUCCAAUGUCUUCCACAGGUCAUUCAGUUGGCCCCACAUCUGUGCUGGCCACGCUUAUACCUCCACUUGCACCGGAGAUUCCGGAGGUCCGUUGACCGCAGAGUUUACCUUUUCGGGUGUAAAGCGUCCCUAUUUGUUUGGCCUAACCAGUUAUGGUGCUCCAAAUUGUCGCGAUGCUUCAGUUUUCACCAAUGAUUUGGAAUUCACAGCUUGGAUAAGAUAUAUUGUUAAUAAAUAUACUCCCUAA